AAUUUAUAAUUUUCAGCCAAUUUCUUAAAUUUUAAACGUCCAUAGUUUAAUAAUUGAGAAAAUAUGGAUUCAAAAGAGAUGCAGGAACAAGCAAAUUACAUUUGGAACAGACUGGAUGAUUUGGCAGGUUCUGAUCCAGAUGCUUACAAGAAAUUCAUUGAAACACAAAUGACAGAAAGAGAGAAAUUCUUGUCAGCUCCUGAACCAAAGUUUUGCUUUGAAACCUUUGUAACUGAGUCUAAAACACCAGUAUUUGUCAACGUAUGUACAUGGAGACGAAUCCCACCACCAGCUGAUGAUAACGAAGCGGUUAAGCUGUUGACUGGGUUCAAAACAACUCAUAAAGGCCCGAAAGGCAAAUACAUCACAAUUCCAAUUGCGUUAAAUGAUAAAAUCCUGGAAGAAAUCUUAGAAACAGCUGGAGAUAAACAAGAAAUGAUGAAAUUGACAAUCCAUGUGAUACAGGCUGAACAUAAGAUAUCCUUAUCAAGCAACUUUAAAGAGUGCAGAGACAUCUUUAAGGGUGAUCUGCCUGCCAACCCGCGUGCUUUGUUUGUAGAAAAUCCAAACUCAGACACUUCGAUAAUGGAUGCCAGUAAAUUAGCGAAGAAAUGUCAGGCACAAACUGGUAAGGGCGCCGAUAUAUUGACCUCACCAGAAAUUUUGCUCCAAAAUCUCGCUAGUGCAACUGCUGAAACGGACACAGUUUUAAAUGGAACAGAUUUUGUGAAAAAUUUGACUGAAAAAGGAAAAACAAAUGGUGAAAAGAAACCAAAAGUAAAAUUAAUAGAAGAAAUUGCUGUUCCACUUGACGUACCAGUUCAUAUGUUACAAGAACAUGAAGCAGAUAAUGGGAAACCUCACAGAUUUACUCUCAAAGUUAAUCUUCCUCUUGUAGAAAGUGUGGCUGAAUGUGACCUUGAAAUAUCUCAGGACGAAGUAGAGUUGUCCGUAGAAAAGAAAUAUUAUUUGAAAUUCCCCCUACCACGUUCGAUUGACAACGAAAAUACGUCAGCGCGUUUCGUCCGCAAAAACAAUGUAUUAACUAUUACUAUGCCUAUUACUGGUACGUGAUAUAAGUUAUAACAUACGCCAGAACGGAAAAUAUUCAACCAUUUCGUCCAUAGCUAUUUUCUGUAGGUAUAUAGUAGGGUUGGGGAAGAUGGGACACUUUUUCAUUCUAUUUUCUUGUCGCAUUUGGUAGUACAUCAAAAAAUAUAUAAAAACGAAU